GUGAAGUUCCAGCUGGCAAAUUGUUUCCAGCUCACUUCGGACCCGUUAGUGAAAAGCUAAUUUUUUUUCUUCCGAAAUAAAGUUUAUUUCUAACAAGUUCAAUAUUAAUGGAUAAGCACAAUGUUUAAUCAAUCAAGUGAAAGCUGCAGAUCAAAGCAUAAACAAUGGAAGCUAAUGAGUUAUUUGUAAAUGAAGAUGAUCAUAAGAAUGUGCCAAAACUGGAGGCAUGUUGUUGCAAAUGCAUGCCUAAACGGUAUCUUUUAGCUUUCCUUACAUUUACUGGCUUUGUAAAUGUGUAUACUUUGCGAGUUAAUCUUAGUGUUGCAAUGGUGGCAAUGGUAUCAUCUUUGGAAAAGCAGUUUCCUAAUGGCACGCACUACACUGUUCCAGCAGAAUUUGAUUGGGAUUCAGGAUUGCAAGGUAUAAUACUAAGUUCAUUCUUUUAUGGCUACAUCUUUACUCAAAUACCUGGUGGAUGGUUGGCUGCGAAGUAUGGAGGGAAAAAUUUGUUUGGUGGUGGCAUUCUUAUGACUGCGCUAUUUACUUUGGUUACCCCUCUUGCAGCACGUUUACAUCCUUCUGUGUUGAUUCUUGUUAGAAUACUUGAAGGUCUUUUUGAAGGGUUUACAUUUCCAUGUGUACAUGCUUUGUGGAGUAAAUGGGCUCCACCUUUGGAAAGAAGCAAGUUAGCUACAAUUUCUUUUUCAGGACCUUUUGCUGGUACAGUACUUGGAAUGCCUUUAUCAGGAUUGAUUGCUCAUAAUUAUGGAUGGCCUUGGGUCUUUUAUUUUUUUGGAUUGCUGGGUGUUAUAUGGAGUUUUUUUUGGUUUACAUUAAUCACAGAUUCACCUGAAGACCACCCAAAGAUUACCGAAAAUGAGUUAGAAUAUAUAUUAAGCAGCUUAAAGGCAGAUAAAACUUCAAAAAAACUGGUCAAGACUCCAUGGAAAAUGAUUUUUACUUCGUUACCUGUUUGGGCUAUAAUAGUAGCACACUUCACAGAAAAUUGGGGGUGGUAUACCCUCUUAACUCAGCUACCCACAUAUCUAAAAAAAAUUAUGAAGUUUUCACUUCAGGAAGCUGGCGUUAUUUCAGCAUUGCCAUAUUUGGCAAUGGUUAUUGUUGUGCAAUGUGGUGGGCGGUUUGGUGAUUUUCUGCGAAGGCGUAAUAUUUUAGGAACAACUGCAGUUAGAAGAAUAUUCAACAGUAUAGGUUUCUUUUCUCAAGCCAUUUUUCUUAUCGUUGUUGGUUACACAACAAACAAGCAGUUAGCAAUAAUUGGCUUAACAUUAGCAGUCGGUUUAGGAGGUCUUACCUGGACUGGUUUUCCUGUUAAUCAUUUAGAUAUUGCUCCACGUUAUGCCAGCAUUUUAUUUGGUAUCAGUAACUGCAUUGCCACUUUUCCAGGAAUGUUCACGCCAAUUUUAGUUGGAUAUAUUACAACUAAUGAAACUCAAGAAGAGUGGCGUGUCGUAUUUUUUAUAUCGACUGGAGUUUAUGCUGUAGGAAUGGUCUUCUACGCCAUAUUUGUAUCUGGCGAAAAACAAGCUUGGAACGAUGAAAACGUUUCAUAUGAAGAUGGAGACGCUGAACUUAAAACUCUUCUUUCACCUUCUGAAGAGGACAGUCAAUUGAGAUAAUUGGUUAUUGCUUACUUUGUUUUGCGAAUCUUCUUUCAACUGUCUUUACUGAAUAUUUUGGAUUCUUAAUUUAUUUUUUGAUUUUUGUUUACUCUUGAAAUAAUAUUUUUAUGGUCAUAUACUUACUCUUGAAAUAAUAUUUUCAUGAACAUAUACACAAUAUCUUCAUAUUUAGCUAAAAGCCAGUAAAAUCUAAUCUUAUAACCAGGGUUUUUGUUGUUUUUUUAUUAGUCAAAUGGUUAUUUUUUUAAAUUUUGUUUAGUGUACAUAUGUCGAAACAAUUAUUUUUCGAAAAAAUUAAGUUAUUAACUAAAUUAUUUAAAUUGUAAAUUUGUCUUAAUGCAAUAAAUUUAACCAAACUGUCAA